UCGUGUCGCCCGUCACUCCGGGCAGCGACCUCAUCUCGGCAGUAUGUGAGUCGCGCGCUGCGUGGCUGACUCUCACCACCUAGUCUCACGGACCCGACGGGAGGAGAGUCCGCAGUCAGACGUCUAUCGCGCGGCUCGUCAUGCCACCUCACAUGGAUUACUUCUACCACGAGUCCCGAGUCCCCUCCGCGUGCGGGCUGACCCGGGAGGACGAGCUGGACCCGGGCGUCAUCAGCUGCAUGCUGGUCGGAGACGGAGCCGUGGGGAAGACCAGUAUGAUCAUCAGCUACACCUCCAACGGAUACCCGACGGAGUACAGGCAGACCGGCUUUGACGUCUUCUCAGGUCAGGUCCAGGUAGAAGGAUCUCCAGUUAAAGUCCAGCUGGUGGACACUGCUGGACAGGAGGAGUUCGACGAGUUCCGGGCUCUGUCCUACGCCCACACGGACGUGUUCCUGCUCUGCUUCAGCAUGGUCAACCCCACGUCCUUCCACAACAUCGCCAAGAAGUGGGUGCCGGACAUCCGCAGCCGCAACCCGACCUCGCCCAUCAUCCUCGUCGGCACCCAGUCGGACCUGUUGCUGGACGUGAACGUCCUCAUCAACCUGGACAGGUCGAACGUCAAGCCGGUGCCGAGCGCCCGCGCGCGGAGCCUGGCCGACAAGAUCCGGGCCACGGACUACGUGGAGUGCUCGUCGCUCACGCAGAAGAACCUGAAGGAGGCGUUCGACGCCGCCAUCUUCGCCGGCAUCAAGAACAAGGCUCGCAAGAACAAGAAGAGGCGCUUUUCGGACAGACGCACCAAAGCUUUCUCCAGAUGCAGCUGGAAGAAGCUCUUCUGCUUCGUCUGAACUUUGGACUGUGAACCCUGUGGGUUGUGGACACGUUUUUAUUUAUUUCGGCCAUUUCUGUACUGGCUCUGUGUAUUUCCCUGCUACAUAUUCGCCUUGUUGCGCUGUUGGAUGUCGGAUGGUUCAGGACUAAGAUCAGACCAGAGGAAGCAGAGCAUCCAGUUGUGUGUUUCCAUUAUAUUCUAACGCUGGAUUGUUCUGGGGCGACAGGAAACGCGUGGUUUACAUAUCACAACGUGUCACGCACGAGCUGUUUGAGAGAAGAAAGGCAGUGAUCUGGGCCUUUGCAGGAGGUGAGGGAUUGGAGCACACGGCCUCAAAGAGACAACCAGGCCAUUAUGUAAAUACGGCCCAUUUGCAUCGGGUCCUACCUUCCGACUGCGGGAUCUUCAUGUAGGCGAGAGAGAGAGAGAAAGCAAAAGUGUAUAUGGGCGUUAGCUGAUGGACCUGAUGGACUAUUGCUGCCUGGCCUGUUUGUGUGCAGCCGCCGGGUUGAGGCUCCACUGCAGCUAACCUGGCUGGUUUAGCUGGGUGUUUUCCGGCUUUCUAGGUAAUCAGCUGACAGUCAAAUCACUUUGCGACCAGAACUGCUGUCAGCGCUCCCUAGAUGGAACGGGGCGGCGUGUUUGUGACAAAUCACAGGCGUUGAUUGAGUUUUGAUGACGGGGUUGGUUCAGGGCCUCAUUGGGGAGUCCUCUCGUCUCAGGUGGGAGCGGGGGGUUAGCAUUUAGCAGCCUCUGGCCUUUUGCUCCCGUCUCCGUCGGGCCGCAUCUGUAAAGACGGGCCCCGCGGGGGGUCUUCACCUCACGCAGCCUCAGCCCGGUUAUUCGUAUUCGUCCCUCUUUGUCCGUUCCGAUCUCUCGGACGAUGCGUGAGUUCGAGGCCUCUGCCUGAUUGUAAGUGUAGGAUAAUACACAUUUAAAACCUGUUGCGUCUCUGGCGUCUGGAUGAAACCAGUCACUUUUUGCAAACUAAUGUAAAGUCUGAUGGAGAAAUGUCCAGAUGUGACCAGAACCAGGGUUGAUCCUGACUAUACUUCUUGUAGAAGUCGGUUUAAUGUAUGUUGGAUUCUGUUUAUUGAAACAGUUUAUGGAAUAUCACAUAACAGAUGGGGGAUUUAAAAGCAUUAAUAUACUCUGUAAAAGGGUUUUGUUACAUUUUGUAUGAAUGUGCCACUCAUUUCUAUUCACCAUCCACUUCUCUGAACUCCUGUGUUAGCGUGUAUCACUCAAAUCUGACGUGAUGGAAAUAAAUGAAGCCUAAAUAUCAA